AUGGGGGAGCCUGGUAGAGAGGAGUAUAAAAUCCAGUGUUUUGAUGCAGAGACCCAGCAGCUGCUGAAGACAGCACUCAAAGAUCCAGGUGCCGUGGACUUGGAGAAAGUGGCCAAUGUGAUUGUGGACCAUUCUCUGCAGGACCGUGUGUUCAGCAAGGAAGCAGGACGCAUGUGCUAUGCGAUUAUUCAGGCGGAGAGCAAGCAGGCCGGUCAGAGUGUCUUCCGGCGUGGACUCCUCAACCGGCUGCAGCAGGAGUACCAGGCUCGGGAGGAGCUGCGAGCCCGCUCCCCACAGGGCUGGGUCUGCUAUGUCACCUUUAUCUGCAACAUCUUUGACUACUUGAGGGUGAACAACAUGCCCAUGAUGGCCCUGGUGAACCCCGUCUAUGACUGCCUCUUCCGGCUGGCCCAGCCUGACGGUCUGAGCGAGGAGGAGGAGGUGGACUGCCUGGUGCUGCAGCUGCACCGAGUUGGGGAGCAGCUGGAGAAGAUGAACAGGCAGCGAAUGGAUGAGCUCUUUGUCCUGAUCCGGGAUGGCUUCCUGCUCCCAACUGGCCUCAGCUCCCUCGCCCAGCUGCUGCUGCUGGAGAUCAUCGAGUUCCGGGCAGCUGGCUGGAAGACGACCCCAGCUGCCCACAAGUAUUACUACAGCGAGGUCUCUGACUAGGCCUUCAGAUCAGGCUUCCUUUCAAGCAGCACUGGCCUACCCACCUCCCAACCUGGCAGCCCAGCCUUUGCCUCUCCCAAAGAUGUUUUCCCUUCCAGACUUGAAACAGCUCCUGAGAGGUUUCCUACUUACCUGGUGGUCCUGCCCUGAGCACCCUUCCUCCUCCAGGGAUUGGGGAAUAUACCACACAGACCUGCCCCCCCUAGACUCUCCCAUCACCUCCCACCUGGGCCAGGCAGAGAAGCACAACUAACAACCACUGCACUGUGUAACCACUGGUAUAACACCAUCUUGGUGCCUCAGUUUCCCAUCUGUAAAAUGGGUACCCAUAGCCACUGGUGAAAUGCUUUGGAAUGUAAGAGGGAGAGGUGCAGAGCACAAGUCACACCAGAAACUGUUUUAUACACUUUGUGUAAGGACCACUUUGGAAAAAGGCAUAUUUCCUCCAGUUGGGUUUAAUGAGUGGCAGUACUGCAUCACAUGCUCCAGUUCAGGGUGACAAUUUUCUAAUAAACCUUUCUGAUACUAAAA